AUGGCUACCCCCCAAGCAGAGGCGCCGGCCCCGGCGCGAAGAGUGGAAGAGGCCCCCGCCGACCCGCUCCACGCCUUCCGCCUCGCGACGAAGCGCGAAAAGCUCAAACGGCGCAAAGCGGAGGCCGCCGCCUACCGGCCCGGCGCCGGGCAGCUGAAGGCGCGGCACCGGCGCCAGGACGCCGACAAACCGAAGCUCAAGCCCAAGACGCUGGAUGUGGAGCGCUUCCGGAAAGCCGUACAAGAGGGCGACGUCGACGACGCCAUUCAACAGCUCGGCUCGUGGGCGUCGCAGAGCACUUGUGAAAGGCGCGAAACCGCGGCGACGGCGCGAAAAAAACUCGAGGCGAACGCCACGUAUCGACGCCAAAUGCGAGAAGAGGCGACGGCACGUGUUAAAGAUAUGGUCGAGGACGCGCGCGUGCUCACACAGUUACCGUCGGUUGACUCGUUCUUCGAGAAGAGCCGGGCCUUCCAGGAGGCUCAUUCGGUUUCGAGCUGCCCGACGAAGAGCAAGAGCUAUCGGGGCGCCGUGCCGCGGCGGCGGCCGCCGCCGUCGCCCGUCAAAAAGGCGCUUUAUCCGCAGCGCUGCGACCUGCCGCCCGUCGACGCGCCGGCGCCGGCGCCCUCCACUAAUCUCUGGUGGGGCCCCGCGGAGGAAUCCGAAUCCGAGGAGGAGGAGGAACGAGAGGAGGCGGUGCACUUCUGGGGCGCCGCGUCCGACGCCGAGUCCGAAAGUUCGGAAGAGGCCGAGCCGUGGAUCAGGGACCCGGAGCUGCUCCUUUCCCCAAAUGCUCUGCUCGAGCAGCAGCAGGGCUCGCCCCAGGACGCGCUGGCCGCGGCAUUAAACGCCCAGGCCGCAUCAAAAGACCGCCAGGCCUCCGAGUGCGAGCGCCACGCGCGCGCGUUGAUGGGCGAGGUCCGGUCUACGCGGUCGAACUACGCGCGGAGCAUAUUAUCAAGGCACGCGGCGCGCUGGCGCCUCGUGGGCGCGCGGCAUUGUGUAAAGGCGGCGGAAUUGAGAAGGGACGCCGCCGAGGCGGCGCGGGACGGCGUCGCGGCGCCCUUCGACCGCCUCGUGGCGCGGGCGCGUGUGGUGGUUGCGGACGAGCAGAAGAAGUGCGCGCGGCACGCCGCGCCGCGGGGCAACGUGCCCUGGUUGCGACGGGAACGAACGGAGAGCCAGCUGGCGCGCGCGGAGGCCGUCGAGGAGGAGCUGCGGGAGAGGAAACGCGGGGCGCUGCGGGACCAUUUAGAAUUUUGCGAGGACAUGCGGGACGGCGUCCGCGCGGCCGAGGCCGUUUUAAAUGCUCGGCACGCGGCCCACGGCCGCGCGGCGGGGCGGUCCGGCAUGCACCGUUUCGCGGCGCGGCUCAUCGGGCGCGCGCGCCGCCGCAUCUGGCGGCGGCGGAAGCGGCUCCACAAGGUCGCCAAGAUCCAGGCGGUCCAGCGCGGCGUCGCCCUGCGAGCGCGGCACCUGGCCUCCGACGCCGACUCGUACCACUCGCUCCGUUCGCAACGGACCAUGCGGUCCGCGGCGACGGCGCCGUCGUAUCGCACCUUUCAUUCCGAGACGACGGCGCCGUCGCGGGCCGGGCGCUCCUACACGGCGUCGCCCCUCACGGUGCCGUCGACCUUCGGCGGGCCGUACCGACGGCCCGCGGGCCCGCGCCGCGCCGCGCCGGACGACGGCUACCGCGCCGCGCCGGCCCCGGCCCCGGCGCCCGCGCCGGCGCCCGCGCCGGCCGGCGCGCCAGCCGGCGCGCCGGGGCCGGCCCCGGCGCCGGCCCCGGCGCCGGCGCCCGCCGGCGCGCGGGCGCCCAGCCCCGCGCGACGGUCCGUGACGCCCGUGUCGUCGACGGCGCUCGUCGCGUACCGGUGGCGCCGCGGCGACGCGUGCCUGGCCAUCUGGGACGACGGCCUCUGGUACGACGCGCGCAUCGCCGAUUAUGGAGACGACGAGGACACCUUCGACAUCCUGUACAAGGACGGCGACUUCCGGCCGAACGUGCCGUUGGUGGACAUCGCGCCCCUCGACCAGCGCGAUUUCUUGGACGAGUCGACGGUGGCGACGGCGCCGACGCAAGAGGACGCGCUGAGCUACGAGGACUUCGGCGAGCGGUCCCUCGUGCUCUCGGACCUGGACGACGGCUCGCGCGUGCCCGACGUCGACGACGGCCAGGGCCUGGAAUGGGAGACGGUCGCCGACGAGCAGGGCCGGACCUUCUACUUCAACCGGUUGACCGGAGAGUCGGCCUGGGCGCUGCCGCCGUCGCGCGCGGCGUCGCCGCCCCAGUCGCCGCCGCCGCCGGAACCCUACGACGAAACCGUCCACAUCGACGAGUUCGGCGUCGUCCGGGCCCAGCCGUCCUCGGCGCGGCGCACCGAGUCCUUCCGCUCCUACUCGUCGCGGGCCUCCUCGCGCCAGACGACGCCGCGGUCCAACCCGUACUGGGACGACGACUCCUACUCCUACGACCCGUCGGGCUCCCAGGCGCCGGCGCUGUCGCGCGUGCCCUCGAACGCGUCCAACUACUCGUUCGCGUCCUCGACCGGGUAA